UGCACAUUUAAUUCUAAUGCAAGAGGAUAUUGUUUUUCGUAAAUUUUUAUUUUGGCUUCGUUAUGAUGGUUCUAGAUUUUCUUCAAUGGCAAAAGGUGCAGCACCACAUACGGGAGCAAGUGUUUACAAAUUAUUUGAAUCUUGCUUGGCUAGAUUAUUUGAGGAAGAUUGUUCAAAAAUUCGUUCAACUACAGUUAGUAGAACAGAUGCCAAAGUACAUGCUUUGCGUAGCCCAUUUUUGGUUAAACCCCCAAAUGAACGUACUUCUACAAUUAUUCAAAAUCCAAUUUCUCGAUCAAAAUUUGUUGAUGAUUUUAAUGAUUUAAUUAAAAAUGUUGGUUUUGAACAUUCAAUGAAAUUGUUGGAAAUUACUCCCGUGGCGAAAGGAUUUAAUCCUAACUUUCAUGUCUCUUACAGGCGUUAUGUUUACCGAAUUCGCCGUUUUUAUUCAAUGGAUGCUUAUCUGAAAAGUCGACAAACUGACCAACAAUCACUCAUUGAUUUAGCUGAAUUUGAUUAUUCUUGGGCACAACCUCCUUCAUUUAAUGUUGAAAAAGCUAAUGAAAUGUGUGCAAUAUUGAGAAGGCCGGGGUUAAAUUAUGCUUCAUUUUAUUUUCACAAAAUGGGGGACAGAUUAAAAGGAAAAAAUUUUAAAACUACAACGGAUAGAAGAUGGCCGAGACUUUUACAAAUUUAUAGAGGAGAACCUUAUUUUCUACCUGAUGAGGAUGCCGAAUAUUUUAAUAUUGAGUUUGUCGCCCAUGGAUUUUUGAGGCAACAGAUUCGCCGUAUGGUUUCACUAAUUUCCCUAGCAGCUCGUAAAACAGACCACGCUAAAUUUGUUGCAGAAUUUCUUCUUAAAGACCCAGACCCAACAAAAUAUCAUCAAAUUGGGAUGAAGUUAGCCCCUCCAAAUGGACUAUUUUUGGCUGAUGUUGUUUAUGAUCCAAGAAUGUUUUCGACUCCAAUUCCUUUUUAUCCAAAUGCUUGGGAUGAAGAAGUGAGCGAGGAUAUUAAAUUGGAAAGUGAGGAGGAAGAAGAUGAUGAAGAGGGGGUUGAAUAUUACGAUGAAAGAGAAGAAAGGAGGCACUUGAAAUUACAGGCAUUUUAA